GCGGCGGAGCGCAGCGGCCAUGAAGCACUACGAGGUGGAGAUCCUGGAUGCCCGCACGAGGGACAAGCUCUGCUUCCUCGACAAGGUGGAGCCUCAGGCCACCGUGGCCGACAUCAAGAACCUGUUCAGCAAAGCCCAUCCCCAGUGGUACCCGGCGAGGCAGUCGCUGCGCCUGGACCCCAAGGGGCGCUCGCUGAAGGACGAGGAUGUGCUGCAGUCGCUGCCCGUGGGCACCACGGCCACGCUCUACUUCCGGGACCUGGGGGCACAGAUCAGCUGGGUCACGGUGUUCCUGACCGAGUACGCCGGCCCUCUCCUCAUUUACCUGCUCUUCUAUUUCCGGGUCCCGUUCCUGUACGGGCCCCGCUACGACUUCACUGCCAGCCGGCACCGCGUGGUGCAGUGAGAG